AGGUACACAGGCAGAUGUGCAUUAGCUAAUGUUGCCUGAAUGCAGCUGGGUUGGGCAGAUCUAAUAGACAGACCAUAACACUAUGACAUCAUCAAGGGAGGGGGGAGCAGGGCUGAGAUAGAAAGAGAGAGAGAGAAUGAAGAAGCGAGGGAGGGAGGGAUUAAACGAGCCACACUAAGGGACAGAGCAAGCUGUCAGAUAACAGAGAUAGAGCGAGGGAGAGAGAGGACGAGUGUAUGUGUGCAAGAGGACGCAGGGCAAGACUCACUCCACAGACAGAAGGUUCACCUCCCAGUGGAUUCUUGUGGAUUUCUCCAUUGUUUCCACUGCAUCUUUCCUUUUCCCCUUUCCCUAGCCAUUCCCCCUUCCCCUCUCCCCCCCCCCCCCCCCCCACACUCUACUCUCUGCUCUGGACUGCUUCUCCGGGCAUGCUACUUAAGUCCAAGUAUGGCCGCUUCCGGAACGACUCUGUGACCUCCUCUGACGACCUGAUACAGAGCCUAGCCAUGAGCGAGAAGGUGGUGGCCACGCCGGUGGCCUCCUCGUCCACACCUGGCUUGGUGCUGCCGCCCCUGGAGACCGCUUCCCUUCCUCAGCCCUCGGACCAGGUGCUGGCCGAAUCGCCCGGGCUGGACGGCGAGCAGGACAACACCACCACCUUCUGCAUGCUCAUCCCCAAGAUGCCCCAGUGGAAGUUCUCCAACUCACUGCUAAGCCGAAGCCCCUCCAAUAGCAGCUCCAGCUCUGGUUCCAGCAAGGACUCUGGCAGGGCGACUGCAUCCGAGAGUUCUGCACCCGCUUCUGGGGGUGCAAUUGCUGCCAGCGGUCCUGUGGCUAGUCUUGCAGCUGUGUUUAACUCCUGUGACCCUGUUUGUGUGGGCCCUUGUUCCCUACAGGCUGUUAGGCGGCAGAGGGCCACCGGGCGAUCACCCAGUCCCAGAGAGUCCAGUGCAGGGGCUAACGAGAGGAGUCCAGGGGGCUCUGGGAGCUUCAGGACAGGGAUGAACCGGAGGACCAGGGUGGAGGGUAUAUGGCUGGGAGAUAACUGCACCCAGAAGGGCAGCUUCAUCAAUAAGCCUUCCCAGGGGUGGUUGCACCCAGACAAGAAGAUAAGCAGCAUGGGGGCUUCCUAUAUCGUCAGGUAUAUGGGUUGCAUUGAGGUUCUGAAAUCCAUGCGAUCUUUGGACUUCAACACUAGGACACAGGUCACAAGGGAGGCCAUCAACAGGCUGUGUGAAGCCGUACCAGGAGGAAAAGUUGCCUGGAAGAGGAAAGCCGCCAACAAAACCCUCCAGUCCAUCAUGGGGAAGAGUAACCUGCGAUUUGCUGGAAUGAGCAUCGGCGUCAACAUCUCCAUUGAUGGCUUGAGUUUGCUUGUCCCGACCACACGACAGGUGAUUGCUCACCACCCCAUGCAGUCCAUCUCUUUCGCAUCUGGUGGAGAUUCGGAUACGCCUGAUUACGUUGCUUAUGUAGCCAAAGACCCUGUCAAUCAAAGAGCGUGUCAUAUCCUGGAGUGCUCUGAUGGUCUUGCCCAAAAUGUGAUCAGUACCAUUGGCCAGGCCUUCGAACUGCAGUUUAAACAGUUCCUACACAGCCCACCCAAAGCCAUUCCCGCUAUGGACAGGAAUAUACGAACAGAGGAUUCAGCGUGGGGUGAUGAUGAGGAGUCGUCAGAGCACGAUUACUACAAUAGCAUCCCAGGCAAGGAGCCGCCGGUGGGGGGAGUGGUGGACUCCAGACUCAGGCCUCCUGCGGGUCUACUGGGCCACGUCCAUACACAACCACAGAACAAAUCCGCACAGACGGGGUCACCGGGCAAAAGAGAUGCAAGCAGCCUUCCUGCCGCCCACUUGUGUUAUGAAGUUCACUGGAAUACAGAGAACAACAGUAGCUCAAGUUUGACGUCAGAAGAUGGUUACUUGCGAGCAGAUGGUCAUCCUCCUGGCAGCCGAGAUUAUGAAGAACACCUGUACGUAAACACUCAGAAUCUGGACAUGUUGGAGGCCUCGGCAGUCGCCCGAGGAGGACGAAGACCCGAGAGCCCCAAGAAAGAUAUCUUUGACAUGAGGCCGUUUGAGGAUGCCUUGCGUCUACACGAGGCAAGUGGAGUUUGUGUAUUGGAGGACAAGUGGCCGAGCCCCCCAAGGCGGCGAGCCCCUGUGGCCCCCACAGAGGACCAGCUCCAAUGCGAGAUGUGGUACCACGGCCGCAUGAGCCGCAGGGAUGCUGAGAAUCUACUGGGCCGAGAUGGAGAUUUCCUGGUGCGGGACAGCGCUACUAACCUGGGUCAGUAUGUGCUGACGGGGAUGCAGUGUGGACUUCCCAAACAUCUGUUGCUGGUGGAUCCAGAGGGAGUGGUUCGGACUAAAGACAUGCUUUUUAAGAGCAUCAGUCACCUGAUCAACUACCACCUGACCAACAAGGUGCCCAUUGUUGCGGCAGAGAGCGAAUUACACCUCCAACAAGUGGUAUGCAGAAAGCAUUGACCCCCACUUAAAGCCCAUACACACGAAAGCAAGGCCGUCCCCUGUGCCACCAAUCUAGAGGCCCCACACUAUUGCCUUAAACACAGUCUCUGAGCUUCCUCUGGAAAUUGUGGGAUAUUGCUGCUCCUUAGGCACUGACCACAAACUACAGCUUUCAGCAUGCCUUGCUCAAUUUACAUCUCCUUCAAACAACUGAGAAGACUCCCACACCCCAACUGAGAGUUGCACGUUGGGAAAUAAAGUCCUUCUAAACCUUUCCCUUGUGCAAACUGGACCCUGCUAUUCCCAGCAGACUGCUCUUGGAUCAAAAAUGUGAACUUACGAGACACACAUAGACAAAUCAUCGUGUUCCCUUCCUCUCCUCUACAUCUGUUUGAGCGUUCAUCUUGACUGGGCUGUCGUUUCUAAAUGUGAUGUAUUCAGCAACUGAGGUUGUGAUCUUCUUUGAUGAUGCCUCUUUGGAAAUCUGGACAUCAGUAUCUUGUUGUGCUUACAAAUGUGGUCAACAGUUUGUUCUCAGGAUGCAGUAUUUGAAAAGGACAUCAUAAGCUCAUAAGCUCCCUCGCUUUAACUCAGUCUAAUGCAGUUGUAUCGAAUUCACAUGUUUAAUUUAUAAACUCUCAGGACCAAAUGUUGGGUCAUGCUCAUGUGAUGUUACCUUUUUUUUUUUUUUUUUUAUUAUAGUGAAUAUUGUGAUCCAGAAAUGCAUUAUGCUUCAUAAUAUAGGAGACAACCAAACAUCUGGACAUAUUCAAUUUCUCUGUUGUGGUUAAUAACAUAAACAAAUGCCCACAGUUUCAUUUAAGGUGUUCUAGUAAUAAAGCAAAAAAGUGAAGUCGGGGCAGAUCAAUA